AUGACGCAGGGAAACUUGAUUGCAAAGUCCAAUGGUAAGAAGGUGGAAGAGGUGAAGCCAAGGCAGAAUGGUGCGCGUAGAGGACAUCAGAACCGCUAUCAAGGGCAUCGUGGUGGUGAUAAGGGUAAAGAUAUAGCUAGGGAACAUCAAGGAGAUGGUAGAAUGGAGGGGGUCUAUCAUCCGUAUAGAGAGAAGAAUGGAAGGGGCCACAAUGAUGUUAAUGCUGGCAAUAGAAGGGUCGGGAAUCAGUCCAGGGGUCAUCAAUUUGGUGGAGGAGAUAGGGUUUUGGAAAAUCCUGAGAAGCUCAUGCUUGAUGCCUUUAAAGGUGUUUCCGGGUCCCCUAUAGUUGAGAGGCCUUCUGCUGACAUGAGAAGUGGUAGUGGAACCUCUUCUAAGGCUCGCAAAGCUUUGCUUUUUGAAGAUAAGGAACCGGGGGGAGGAAGUGUUAGAUGUGUCUCAGAUGAAUGA